AUGGCAGACAAUAAUCACAAUGAUGAGGGUAACCCUCUCUCUGUAAUUCAGUCCGCAGGUACUAAAAGAGGUCAGGAUUCAUAUGACGGUCCUGCAAGCAAGCGAGCACAUGUUGAUGGAGAUGAUAAUCAGUUGGCUGUGAAAAUCCUGAUUCCUUCGGCUGCCGUUGGGGCAAUAAUUGGCAAGGGUGGAGAAGCGAUGAGGAAUCUGAAGAAUGAUCACCAAUGCCGAGUCCAAAUGAGCAAGAGUUCAGAGACAUAUCCAGGAACAAGUGAGCGUAUUUGCCUGGUGAAAGGAAGAGUUCAGAAUGUGCUUGGUGUUAUUGACGUUAUACUACAAAAGAUUCGCGAGAAAUGCGAGGGUUCUACAAGCUCUGAUGCGUUCGAUCACAAAGGAGUCAGCCGUGGAAAUGAGGUGAAAAUAGUCAUGCCAAACACAUCAGCUGGUAUGGUCAUUGGGAAAUCGGGCACAAAUAUCAAGGAUAUCCGUGAAACUUAUGGAUGUCAGAUUCAGGUUUUUCCUAAAGCGGGAUCCGCCGAAGCACAGAAUUCACUAGAGCGAAUCGUUACGCUGGCGCAUGAGGAUCACUCGCAACUAAUCCAAGCUACGUGUCGUGUGCUGGAGAAGGUAGUGGCAGACCCACAUCACACAAGUGAAAUCAACAAGGAGGAUUUCGGAGGAAAAAGUGGUCCCAACUGGAAUCCUUCGUUCACGUCCAGCUCCGCCUUCAGUAACGGUGGUACUUCAUCCACGUUUAAUGCGGCUCCCGCCGCGUUUACGACUCAGACAUACGGAUAUCAAGCCAACCAGCAGCAAGCUGUAAAGUUCAAUCCUAUGAGCGGUCUCGGAAAUCAAGAGUUACUAUCGUUCCUCGACAAUCUUCAGUCAACUCUCCGCUCAUCCGGAUUUAACGAAGCCAGUGUAGCUGAAGUUAUGCAGGCCAUGCAGGUACUCGCCAAAUACAACAUUAUGGGCCUUGGUCUGGGAUUAGGAGUAGCAGCAAUGGCACAGAUGCGAUCUGCCCAAGAAACCACCCCACAGAUGCCAAGUAAUCAUGGUGUCGCUGGGUUUGGUGAUCAGGGUGGAUAUGCUGGUGGUGACCAGCCUCCUGCCGUCAAUCUACUUGUUGUGGAUGUGCUAAGGAGUGGGUCGGGGAAUGCAGAGAAUGGCGAGAACUUCGCAUCGUCCGUGAUAGUCGAACGUCAAAUUUCCAGCGGUUCUAUUGAAGUG